UUUCUCGAAGAGGAACGUUCAAGACACGAAUCUCGUCGUUGGGCACAAACGAAAUUUUUAUCAAUUUAUAAAUUGAAACCCGUCUGCAGCCAGCCAGCCGCAAAUGCGCAGUGUACAAAGUUCGUUUCGUGUGCAUUAGCCCGCUGUGUCUGUGUAUUGUCUGUGGCUCUCCAACAUGAAUACGAAAAUGCAUGACCAAAAAUUUCGGUGGACCGACGCGGGUAUACCCUUACCGUUUCGGAGAUUAAACUAGUUAAAUACAUUGAUAAUAGCGAUGUGUUCCGUUUAAAUUUGAUGUUGAAGCUGCCUCGUUGAGAACAAAAGACUAUAGAUACAUAGAUGUGCGUUAUUGCUAUUACCUGGAUGAAGCUGCCUUUCAUUGUGCUUUACAAAACUAUGUUGCUCCUCUUUCUGUCCAACCGCUUCUUGUGCAAGUCGUUCACACCGAUCUGAUCUGAUCCCCCUCUCACUCCACGGCCAUAGCUGCGCACUUCCUUCGCACUGCAUUUUACGCAACGGCAGCGAAAAAAUCGAUAAGUCUACCGUUCGCUGCCGGCCGGACAGCCGCAACGUUAGCUGUGGGCCUUUCCUUUGGUGCACAAAAUAGCCGCAGCGCUGGCGCUGUCCCGUACGAGAAUGUCUACGCGGACAAUUUCUUCAGUGGGUGCGGGGGCACCAUAUCCACCGGCAGCAAGGGUCUGCUGCGACCGAUGGCCGAGUACCGGGAGAUCCAACGGCCGCUAUCUCGCAAUUUCUCGAGGUUGAGCAUCGGCGGGCCGCAGGUGGCACAUAGCGCCAUGGCACCGUUGACGAAUCGCCGGUAUAUAUCUUCCCAAGAUAUUACCAAAAACAUGAGUCUCUAUACCAGCAACAAAACGAAUAUUGAAGUGGAUCCCAAGACGCUUGCGUUUAAGAACCCGACUGGCAAUCCCCUGGUUCUGAUGAUGGCCUGGCUGAUGGCCAAGCAGAAACAUCUGAAGAAAUAUGCCCAGAUCUACACAGAAAUGGGAUUCGAUGUGAUGGUGGUGCACAUUACGCCCUGGCAGCUGUUGUGGCCCGUUAAGGGAACUCAGGUGGUGGCCGCCGAGACUCUCAAGUUUCUCGAGAACAACGCAUCGUAUGAACCGAUCGUCAUGCAUGGCUUCUCCGUUGGAGCAUACCAGUUGGGCGAGAUUAUGCUGCAGAUGUCGCGCGAUAUGGAUCGCUAUGGCAGUAUCCUGGAGCGCUUCGGUUGCCAGAUUUGGGACAGUGCUGCCGACAUUACAGAGAUUCCAGUAGGCGUGCCCAAGUCCAUCUUCCCUAAGAACGAACGCAUGCAGAGCGCCCAGAGGAACUACACCCUUUACCAUAUGAAGACAUUCCACAACCAGGCCACGAUUCAUUAUAUGCGCUCCAGCCAAAUGUUCCACUCCACCCUGCUCAAGGCCCCGGCGCUGUUCUUCGUCUCUGACAACGAUCCGAUUGGUCCACCUUCAUCGAAUCAAGCUGUCCGCGAGAACUGGGAGAGGGCCAACGUAAAGGUCACAUUCAAGUGCUGGGAACGUUCAUAGCACGCGGCCCACUACAUGAAGCAUCGGGAUGAGUAUCUGCAGACCUUGUUCCAUCAUCUGGAGAACUGUGGCGUACUCGAGGCCAUUGGCGUCCCCAAGCGCGCCAAGUUGUAGCCCCUUAAGGCUGAUGAAUCGGUGAUAUACAUUUAAAAAGAUAUUCAACAAUCAAUGCGAUUAUGAUUUUACUUUAGUUUCUAAGAUCUAACGUUUAACAAAAACAAUUGUCCUACAUCCGAUUAUC